AUGAGAUGCCGUAGUAGUAGUAGUAGUAGUAGUAGUAGUAGUAGUAGUAGUAGUAGUAGUAGUAGUAGUAGUAGUAGUAGUAGUAGUAGUAGUAGUAGUAGUAGUAGUAGUAGUAGUAGUAGUAGUAGUAGUAGUAGUAGUAGUAGUAGUAGUAGUAGUAGUAGUAGUAGUAGUAGUAGUAGUAGUAGUAGUAGUAGUAGUAGUAGUAGUAGUAGUAGUAGUAGUAGUAGUAGUAGUAGUAGUAGUAGUAGUAGUAGUAGUAGUAGUAGUAGUAGUAGUAGUAGUAGUAGUAGUAGUAGUAGUAGUAGUAGUAGUAGUAGUAGUAGUAGUAGUAGUAGUAGUAGUAGUAGUAGUAGUAGUAGUAGUAGUAGUAGUAGUAGUAGUAGUAGUAGUAGUAGUAGUAGUAGUAGUAGUAGUAGUAGUAGUAGUAGUAGUAGUAGUAGUAGUAGUAGUAGUAGUAGUAGUAGUAGUAGUAGUAGUAGUAGUAGUAGUAGUAGUAGUAGUAGUAGUAGUAGUAGUAGUAGUAGUAGUAGUAGUAGUAGUAGUAGUAGUAGUAGUAGUAGUAGUAGUAGUAGUAGUAGUAGUAGUAGUAGUAGUAGUAGUAGUAGUAGUAGUAGUAGUAGUAGUAGUAGUAGUAGUAGUAGUAGUAGUAGUAGUAGUAGUAGUAGUAGUAGUAGUAGUAGUAGUAGUAGUAGUAGUAGUAGUAGUAGUAGUAGUAGUAGUAGUAGUAGUAGUAGUAGUAGUAGUAGUAGUAGUAGUAGUAGUAGUAGUAGUAGUAGUAGUAGUAGUAGUAGUAGUAGUAGUAGUAGUAGUAGUAGUAGUAGUAGUAGUAGUAGUAGUAGUAGUAGUAGUAGUAGUAGUAGUAGUAGUAGUAGUAGUAGUAGUAGUAGUAGUAGUAGUAGUAGUAGUAGUAGUAGUAGUAGUAGUAGUAGUAGUAGUAGUAGUAGUAGUAGUAGUAGUAGUAGUAGUAGUAGUAGUAGUAGUAGUAGUAGUAGUAGUAGUAGUAGUAGUAGUAGUAGUAGUAGUAGUAGUAGUAGUAGUAGUAGUAGUAGUAGUAGUAGUAGUAGUAGUAGUAGUAGUAGUAGUAGUAGUAGUAGUAGUAGUAGUAGUAGUAGUAGUAGUAGUAGUAGUAGUAGUAGUAGUAGUAGUAGUAGUAGUAGUAGUAGUAGUAGUAGUAGUAGUAGUAGUAGUAGUAGUAGUAGUAGUAGUAGUAGUAGUAGUAGUAGUAGUAGUAGUAGUAGUAGUAGUAGUAGUAGUAGUAGUAGUAGUAGUAGUAGUAGUAGUAGUAGUAGUAGUAGUAGUAGUAGUAGUAGUAGUAGUAGUAGUAGUAGUAGUAGUAGUAGUAGUAGUAGUAGUAGUAGUAGUAGUAGUAGUAGUAGUAGUAGUAGUAGUAGUAGUAGUAGUAGUAGUAGUAGUAGUAGUAGUAGUAGUAGUAGUAGUAGUAGUAGUAGUAGUAGUAGUAGUAGUAGUAGUAGUAGUAGUAGUAGUAGUAGUAGUAGUAGUAGUAGUAGUAGUAGUAGUAGUAGUAGUAGUAGUAGUAAUAGUUUACACAUGAAAAAACUGGGUAUCGGACGCUGGAACUUCUGGUUACAUGACUUUGUUAUUUAA